AUGGACGGUCAGAAAUGUGAAUUCCAAGACGCCUAUGUUCUGUUGAGCGAAAAGAAGAUUUCUAGUGUGCAGUUCAUCGUACCUGCUCUGGAAAUUGCCAAUGCUCAUCGGAAGCCCUUGGUUAUCAUUGCUGAGGACGUUGAUGGAGAAGCUCUAAGCACAGUGGUCUUGAACAGUCUGAAAGUGGGUCUUCAGGUUGUGGCAGUCAAAGCACCAGGGUUUGGGGACAAUAGGAAGAACCAGCUUAAAGAUAUGGCUAUUGCUACUGGUGGUGCGGUAUUUGGAGAAGAGGGGUUGAAUCUAAACCUUGAAGAUGUUCAAGCUCAUGACUUAGAAAAAGUUGGAGAGGUCAUUGUCACUAAAGAUGACGCCAUGCUUUUGAAAGGAAAAGGUGACAAGGCUCAAAUUGAGAAACACAUUCAGGAGAUCACUGAGCAGCUCGACAUCACCACUAGUGAAUACGAAAAGGAGAAGCUGAACGAGCGGCUCGCAAAACUCUCAGAUGGCGUAGCUGUAUUGAAGGUUGGAGGAACAAGCGAUGUGGAGGUGAACGAGAAGAAAGACAGAAUUACAGACGCGCUCAACGCCUCGCGAGCAGCUGUGGAAGAAGGCACCAUGCUAGGUGGGGGCUGUGCUCUGCUCCACUGCAUUCCAGUCUUGGAUUCCCUAAAGCCUUCCAAUGAGGAUCAGAAAAUAGGUAUAGACAUUAUUAAAAGAGCACUCAAAAUUCCCGCGAUGACCAUUGCUAAGAAUGCGGAUGUUGAAGGGUCUUUGAUAGUUGAGAAGAUUCUGCAGAGUUCCUCGGAAGUUGGGUAUGAUGCCAUGCUCGGGGAAUUUGUGAACAUGGUGGAAAAGGGAAUCAUUGAUCCGACAAAGGUCAUAAGAACUGCUUUACUGGAUGCUGCUGGGGUGGCCUCCUUGCUAACGAUAGCAGAAGCUGUAGUAACCGAAAUUCCUAAAGAAGAGAAGGACCCUGGAAUGGGCGCGAUGGGGGGAAUGGGAGGGGGAAUGGGAGGUGGCAUGUUCUAAUUCCUAGAAUAGCGCUUUGCCCUUACCAAUGAACUGUGACAGGAAGCUCAAGGCAGAUUCCUCACCGAUACCUUCAGAGAAGCCCCUGAAGAAAAUGAA